AUGAACGACACAAGCGUGGACAGUGACCAGGUCUUUUUCAGUUACAAAAACACCGUCUUCCUUGUGACUGUGUUAGUGAGCCUCUGUGGGCUGGUGGGGAACGGGGUGGUCAUCUGGCUGCUUGGGUUCCGCAUCAGGAGGAACCCCUUCUCUGUCUACAUCCUCCACUUGGCAGGUGCAGACUUCACCUUCCUCCUCUGCAAAAGCGUCAGGUUCCUCUUGGUUCUGUUAAAGAGCUUCAUGGGUGUGCUCUAUGUGCUCCUAAAAGCGGCCACCUUCUCUUCUUACCUGGUGGGGCUGAGUCUGCUGAUGGCCGUCAGCACCGAGCGCUGUCUGUCCGUGCUCUUCCCCAUCUGGUACAAAUGCCGCUGCCCGGCGCAGCUCUUGGCCAUCGUGUGUGCUCUGAUUUGGGGACUGUCAUUGUGUCCAGGGAUCUUGGCUCUUUUGUGUGACCACUCUGCGGACUUCUCGUGUGACGUGAUACACCUGGUCUAUUACGGGAUGGUCGUCCUCACAUUUCUGGUGCUCUGUGUGUCCAGCCUGACUCUGCUCAUCCGGGUACAGUGCUGCUCCUGGCAGAGACCGCCCGCCAAGCUCUCCAGGGUCAUCCUUCUCACCGUGCUGGCCUUCCUGGUGCUCGGUCUGCCUCUCCGUGUGGGCUUACUGGUCCACAGGCUCUCACCGUCCUUCCUCCCUUCCCACCUCCUGCUGCCUGUCUUCCACCUCCUCUCCGCCCUGAACAGCGGGGUCAACCCCCUCAUUUACUUCUUCAUUGGAAGCCAGAGGCAACAGCAGGGCCGGAAACUGCUCAGACAGGCGCUCCAGAGCGCGUUCACGGAGGAUACGGAGCUGAGCAGAGGAGAGUCGCUGCCCCGGACCAAACAUGAUGUCCACCUGAGCCCCGGGAGUAGGCGGCUCUGCUGGGAUAUCAAGAUCUGA